AUGAGAGAGAAUUCUGUAAUCACGAAAAAUCAGAAGAGAAAUGAAAGUAAGAAAAAAGCGGACGAGAAAGAACGGGCUGAUAUAUGGAGCGUGUUUUGGCGUGUUUGGGUGUGCGAGGACGACGGCCAGGGGACGCUGGAAAUGCAGCGGACGCGGUUUCGAGUAUGCGAGUUGUCGAGAGCGAGCAUGUCCCACCGCGCACUCGGAGGCCAGCACACCCUUCCUCCCAACCCACACUACAUCGACUUUCCCCGCUCAGAUGGCGACGACCAGCUCCUCCCCACAAACACCGCUAGGCUCAUCGACUCCGAGGGGCAUGUCAACUUCAUGCGCCCCGUCGACCCCACAGAGAGCUCUAGCGUCAAGUGGCGGAGAGACAUUGCCGUGGCGAUAGCCACCAGACUCGGCAUGCCUGAUGGUCCAGCCUACAUUCUGCGCAAUUGGCCUGCAGGCUACAACUUCUACGACCACAACAAGGGGCCCGCCUCAGCCCCCAGACACGAUCCCUAUCUCAUCGGCUCCCAAAACGUAAAACGCUUCCGCUCCGUCCCCGAAUUCAUCCCCCACGCAGUCUGGCUCUUCCAAGACCCCACCCUCAACCGCGCCAACUGCGCCUGCAAAUACUGCAACAAGCGCCCCCAGCGCGAAAUCACAGAGCAGCUCGGCCUCCUCCCCAAGCGCGGCUCCCCCGCCACCGACUCCCGCGGGCCCUCCGCCUCCGCGCCCCAUCGCAUGCGCGCCGCGCGCGGGGGCGCCAGCGCCAGUGCGGGUCCGAGCAGGGGCGGUGGCGGCGGUGGCGGCGCGGCGCGCGAGGUGCGCAGGCUCGUGAAGCCGUACGCGUCUGUGCGCCGUGCGGCGCGCCCUGUGAAGCUCGCGCCGCCGGGCCCGACGCAGACGAUGUCGCGCGAGCGCAGUAACGAUCUGCGCGCGUUGUAUGCUCAUGUUCUGCGCGGGAGUGCCGACGGGUCUGCCGAGGGGCAGGGCGAAGGCGAGGGCGAGGCGGAGGACGAUCAGUACGACCCGCUCGCGCCUGGCCGGCGGUGGUUCCGCGAGGGCGAGGUGCUGUGGUGCGCGCUGGACCCUGUGAUUCUGGGGCCGAACGGCGAGGCGGACGCGAUCAUGUUCUGGCCGGGUAUUGUGGAGGAGGUCAAGAUCAAGGCGACGCCUGUCAGGGUGGAUGCGAAGAUGGAAGACGGGGCGGCGAACGCGAACGGGACUUCCAGAGAAGAAGGAGGCGAAAAAAACGGUGCAGAGGCGCCAAAAGAGCCAGGGACGACGAAGAUAGAGGACGGUGAAGAGGUGCCGUGGAAAGUGUCCCAAGGGUUCCAGUACAAGAUGCGCCUCCUCGCCACGCAACAGUGCUACUACGGCACCCCGUCCCUGCUCAUCCCGUACAGCGCGUACACCGUCCCGCACGAGCUCUUCGCCGCGAUAGACAGCCUCCCCCCGCACCUCCUCCGCCCGAGCACGUUCGCGUCGCGCAGCGGGUCCAGUUUCGAGGUAUAUCCGCCGCCGGAAGCGGUUGAGAGAAUGGACCCGCAGGAGCGCUUCGAGCAGGCGGCGGGGCCGUAUGCGCUAGCGCUGCAGAUCGCGGCGGGCAUCGCGACCUUUUGGACGCCGACGGACGAGUGGGAGUACAAGUUCACUAUCACCCCGCCGAGUGUUGUUCCGCCUACAUCUGCACCCGUUCCUGCUCCUGGCCCCGGUGCUGCUCCUCCCCUGGCGUCGGCCGCUGCUGGCUCAGGCCCGGACGGCGGCCACAUGGAGCUGCACGCGGCGAUGAUGGCGGCGUACAACCACAACGCGAACCUAAUGCCUUCUUCCUCAUCCGCCGCUCCAGACACAGCAGCGUCCCCCGCCCCGCCGCCGCUCGUGCAGACCGUGACGCAGACGCGGUACCAGGGUCUCUGGUGGGGCGCGGAGCGGAUCUGGACGGACGAGCUGGUACGGCUGAAGCUCGCGCGCGCGCAGAUCGCGCCCGAGGGGAACGCGAGCGUGUACGCGCCUGCGGGGCCUUCUGCGAGCGCUGUGCGCGCGAACGCGGCGGACGGGUACGAGCGGCCGGACGAUGUGGGGAUGGGGGCGAUGGCGCGGGGCGUGUUUAUGCGGCUUGAGGGGCUGUUUAUUGUGGAUGCGGCGAGGGAGGAGGUGGUGUGGGAUGAGGAGAGGGGGGAGGAGGUGGUUAGGGUUGCGCAGGAGACGCAGAGGGAGUGUAGGGCGUGUGGGAUGCUGUAUGAGCUUGUGGAUGAGGAUUGGGAGGAGCCGGUGGGUGAGGGGGCGGUGGUGGUUGGGGAUGGGGAGGCGGGUCCUAGUGGUGCUGAUGCGGGCCCUACGGUGCCAGCGUCGGCUGCACCGAACGGCGAGACGACGGCGAUGACGACGACGAGGAAGCGCAAACGGGCGGAAGCGAACGACCACCUCUCGCACCCCGUGCUGUCGACGCCCUUGCCGCUCCCGCCUGCGCCGCUGGGGUUCAAGUUCCGCGCGAUUCUGCCGCCGGGGCACGAGGCGACGGUGUCGCUCAACCUGCUCAGCGGGCGGUACUACCCACGAAUCCUGCACCAUCCGCUGAUCAGCAAGGAGGUGGAGAAGUCCUUGUACCGCGCCAACGCGCGCGAGGUCGAGGUCGCCGCCGGUGCCAAUGGGGUGGUGGCAGCGCCAGAUUCGGACGAGCGCGAGGCGAUGGGGAUAUACGCGGAGAACAAGAGUCUGCUGAGUCUGGAGGGGCACGCGCCGGGGUACAAUGUGGCGAUGGAUCCGACGCGGUUCAAGGCGAACAGGAUUGCGCAGGCAAGGGAGGCGGAGGCGGAGGCAAGGGAGCAGCUGGAGGCGCAUUGGGUGGGCAGGCUGGAGGAGCGGGAGGAGCAGGAGCGCGGGAUGGCGGGGGAGAUGCAGAUGAGCUCGCCGGUGCGGGUGGGCGGGGGUGUGGGUGGGGAUGGGUCGCCGGGGCGGGAGAGUGCGGUUGGUGGGAUGGUGCCGUAUGGGCCGGUUGGGGAUGGGCAGAUGCUGAGCCCGAGGGCUCAUGCUCUCACUCAGGCUCAGAUUCAGACUCGGUCUCCGGUCACUGCGGUGGACGGGAUGGUCGUGGAUGCGUAGAGCGAUAUAAUACGGGUUGUACUAGGAGAGGUGCUCAUUUUUGUUUUUUUGUUUUUCUCUGCUUUUGUUGCUUUCGGAAUACUACGAGAGGUGCAUCAGAACAAGGCGGAUUAGAAGCCGCUUUAAUUGUUGUAUAGAUGUUGUUCUAGUGCAAAUUGGACUUGUACAU